GCUCUCUCUCUCUUUCUGUUGAAUGUGGUGAAGUCAUAUAUUUCAGACGAGGCUGUUUGCUGUAUUUGUGUUGGCAGUCCUGUGUGGUGCACUCUGCACUGUGUCGUAAGAAGGAAGAAUAGCGGGAACACAGCUACACAAGUCACCUGUAUUCACCUGAAAGCCACUACACAAAGAUCAGAAUGGCAAACCAAGGUCCUAAAUUCGGUCUGAGCCGGGAGGUACAAUGUAAGAUUGAUAAGAAAUAUGACCCGGAACUGGAGGAAAGGUUGGUGGAGUGGAUCGUCCUCCAGUGUGGCGCGGACCGGCCUGAGCCAGGCAAGGUCGCAUUCCAAAACUGGCUCAAGGAUGGAUGUGUGCUCUGUCAGCUCAUCAAUAGCCUUUAUGGAGCCAACAAGCCAAUCAAGAACAUCAAGAACCCCGGCAUGGCGUUUAAGCAGAUGGAGCAAAUAUCUAUGUUUCUCAGCGUUGCGGAAAACUAUGGAGUCACCAAAACAGACAUUUUUCAGACUGUAGACCUCUUUGAAGCCAAGGACAUGGCUGCUGUCCAGAGGACCCUGAUGGCUCUGGGUAGUUUGGCUGUGACAAAGGACGAUGGGUGUUACAAGGGAGACCCCAACUGGUUCCACAGGAAAGCCCAAGAGAACAGGAGAGACUUUACGGAACAGCAGCUGAGUGAAGGCAAAAGUGUCAUCGGCCUGCAGAUGGGCACAAAUAAAGGAGCAUCUCAAGCUGGAAUGAGCUAUGGACGACCCAGGCAGAUCAUCAACAACAACUGAAUCUGAGCAAUGCUUCAACCCUCCCAGACACUCUGAAAGGCCAGUGAGGACGGAGAAACUCUGAUUCUUACUUUGGCCAUGAGGAGAAAUGUGACCUGACCUAAACUGGACCAAAACCGGGACCAAUGAGAACUUGUGCACAUAUAAAGCACGUACUUCAUGUUGAGCACACGUACAUAAAUAGAUACCUUCAACUGUGCAAGUAAACAAUUAGCGAGAGCAUUUUGCAUUGUAAAUUAUAUUUUUUCUUAGGGGAUCAUUCCAGUUGUUGCAUCUUUUAACAUGCUACCUGAAAACCAAGUGUGCUUUACAUGACUAAAAAACGGCAAAAUUUUAGAUUUCUUACCUUCCAGACAUCCAGGGGUUUCAUUUUAUUUCAGUUCACUAUACAAAUCAGUUUGCAAAGACUUGUAACUUGCAUCACAUUCAGCCAAGGGUGUAGGUUUUG